AUGGUAUCCUCUCCGUCAAAAGGCAACCAGCCACGCGCAAAACGCCCGCGCGAACAACCUGCAGCUUCUACCUCAUGGCAACAACAGGCAAUUUCAGAUCAUCCGAAUUUACCUCCAACAAAACGGUAUGCGGAAUCCUCAUCCUUGGCCGUGCGGUCGGGAGUUGAGCUGGGCCAAAAUCCAUCCCUUGACGAUCUCACAAUACAAAAUGUUGACGGAGAGCUUGAUGCCGAUCUAGCAGAGCUUAGCCUCGGUCAACGACUGACCGCCCUGAAUGGCAAUGAAGAUACAGCAAGCCACUCUUCCGAGUCCAGCGAGGAAGACGCAGCCGGACCAAGUCCUGCCGGCGUGACGUCCACAAAAAAAAGGAAACGCGAUGCGGGCCUUGAUGCUGUCCCCGCAAACUCUCUGACCCGCACAUUAAUUCAAGCAUUGCAUUCUUCAGAUGCGCGGUUACUCGAGACUUGCCUUGCUCAUUCGGACGCGGCCCUAAUACGCAAUACAGUCCGAAGACUCCCCCCACAACUGGCUGUUUCGCUAAUCACGGCGUGCGUGGAGCGGUUAGGACGGGGCGCGCGGGCGGCCAGUAUGAAGGGUGGGGGAGGAGGAGCGAGCUCGCAAAGGGGUACAACACUCAUCAACUGGAUUAGGGCAGUUCUCGCUACACAUAGCGGCCAUCUUAUGACGAUGCCGGAUCUAGUGGCGCGUUUGUCCGGUCUGCACGCGACGCUCACCACACGAUUAGCACUUCAGGAGAGCCUUCUCUCGCUGAGUGGACGACUUGACAUGGUCAUCUCGCAGAUUGAGAUGAGGUCAUCUGGCCCACCAGCCUCGUUGCCAUUGCCAAAGGGUAAGAAAAAAAGGCAUCAUAAACGACAGCCAAGACGGUAUGUUGAAGGUGAAAGUGAGGAUGAGGACACGAAGAAGAUGGAUGUAGAAGUUGAGAGUGCAGAUGAAGGAGGAAGUGUAGAGGACGUUGAGCUAGGGGGGAGUGAGGAGGAUGAAAGCGAAGACGGAGAGACUGAUGAUAAUAGUGAUGAAGAGGAAGAGGAAGAAGCUGAAGAAGAAAACGACGACGACGACGAUGGUGAGGACGAUGAAGACGGACCGAUGGCGAAUGGUUUUAUAGACGAUGAGGCAGAGGAAUACAGUGAAGAUGAGGACGAGGACGAAAGUGAAUGA